UUAUUUCAAACAUUAUAGGCUUAUUUCAAAUCUAACGCAACAAAAAAACUCAUGUCGAGCCUCACGAAUGAAUUUCUGAUAAAAGACAUUCGAUCCGGUUUGAAAAAUAUAAACGUUGUGUUCAUAGUGUUGGAAAUCAACAGGGUGAGCAAGACCAAGGAUGGCCAUGAGAUUCGUUCCUGUAAGGUUGCAGACAGAAGCGGCUGCAUCACCAUCUCAGUUUGGGACGAGGCUGGAGUCUUCAUUCAACCUGGGGACAUCCUCCGUCUCACCAAAGGUUAUGCCUCCCUGUGGAAGGGUUGCCUCACGCUAUACACGGGCAGAAGCGGAGAGCUCCAGAGGAUCGGGGACUUUUGCAUGGUGUUUUCAGAGGUGCCAAAUUUCAGUGACCCAAACCCUGAGGUGCAAGCACAAUUAAAUCAGAUAAACAAGCCAGUCAAGCAAGACCAGCUGUCCAUCCCUCAAAACGGCCAGACUACAGGAGGCCCAGGAAAUCCUCCACCUCAAAUGGCUACAAGACCUUCAGCUUCUUACUCCUCCAAUGUUUCAUCCCAUCACCUGCGUGAUCCUCGGGAUCUGCCUUAUGGUACAGGGAGGCAGGAUCGUCCUCACCGCGUGCCCCUGAACAGGAACCCUCUGUGCAACAUAAGGGACGGUAGGGAUAGAACCUCUGGCAUGAGGGGUAGCAUCCGGGACCCAAGACAGGCCUUCACACGGAUGUAAGAAGUUGGGUGUUCCUAUUUGCACAUCCAUAUUGCUGGAUGGGUGUAGACCUGGUAAUAAAUUGGCUUACUUAAUGAUUGCUUCCUCACGUUGAAAGUACAAAUAUGUAUUUUCUUUUUCUGGUGAAUUCACUCAUGGAUGUCUAAUUAUAGUAAUGAGCCCCAAUGUUUGAGGCCAACACAAAAUAUUAAAUUCUUAAAAUUGUUAUUAGCAUUAAGUGUACUUGCAAGACAAACUUUGUUUUGGUCAUUAACACCAUCUGUUUUAAAGUGUCGGUCUCCUGUGUGAUAUCACACAGGGCACUUUAAAACAGAUGGUG